UAAUGUACACGCCAUUAGAGUGUGGAAGAAGGUAAUGAACAGAGAGGGAAAGAGGAAAGCAUAACUUGUGUUGAAAUUAGGGUUUUUGGGUGUUUUCAAUCGAAUCCCACUUCUUCAAAUUUUCCAUAGGUAGUGAACUCUUGCAAGAUAAAGAGAAAGAGAGACAUGUUGGAAUACGAAUGGGGGAACCCAUCAACCAUAAUGCUCACCGGAAAUGAAGACGGUGGUGCCGCCGCCGCUGCCUCCGACCAAACCCACCGUCAAAUCUUCGACCACUACGCUUCCCACACCCUUUUACCUGACCACUUCCUUCAUGGGCCCACAACCACCACAAACACAGCCUCAAACACCGUUGAUUUCACUCACCACCACCACUACCACCAACAACAACAGCACCACCACCACUUUAGCCCACAAGCCCAACACCAAGUCCACCACACGUUCUUCGACCCACGCGCCUUCCAUGGCGUGUCCUCAACCUCCUACCCUCCACCCCAACCACCACCACCACCACCACACUCCAUGCUCUCUCUUGACCCGCUGCCACACGUCAACGCAGCUAGCUGUGGGAAUGGGCCUGGGCCCGGACUUAUUCUCGUGCCUAAGUCUGAAGAGCUCGGUAGGCCCAUGGACUUCGUGGGCUCGCGAAUUGGGCUCAACCUGGGAGGCCGCACGUACUUCUCUUCUUCCGAGGAUGACUUUGUGAGCAGGCUCUACCGCCGGUCCAGACCGGCUGAACCGGGUUCGACCGGUUCGUCUAACUCGCCCAGGUGUCAGGCCGAGGGAUGCAAUGCUGAUCUGUCACAGGCGAAGCACUACCACCGCCGCCACAAGGUGUGCGAGUUUCACUCCAAAGCCGCCACCGUCAUCGCCGCCGGGUUGACUCAGCGAUUCUGCCAGCAAUGCAGCAGGUUCCAUCUUCUUUCUGAAUUUGAUAAUGGAAAACGUAGCUGCAGGAAGAGAUUGGCAGAUCAUAAUCGUCGCAGAAGAAAAACUCAGCAGCCAACUCAAGAAACCCACAAAUCUCAACCCACUUUGGAUAAUAUUGCAAGAUCCCCACCGGAUUCCGGAGCUCAGUCGUCAUCUUCAGUGACGGUGGCGGUGUCGCCGCCAGAUUAUUUCCGGCAAAGGUCUUAUCAAAGCGGAAGCCCUUCAACAACUUCAAGCUCACUGUUUUUCUCAAGCGGGUAGUAGUGCAUGGUAGGAGCAGUUAAUUUGCAUGGCUAAUAUUUCCAAGAAAUUAAAUGGAGGAGCAUCAAAUAAUAAUAUAUAGUGAACUUAAUUCCACCUCUUGUAACUUUCUCCCAAAUUUAAUUUCAAAGCUUUUAAUCUUUGUGUUAUUGUUAGUAAGAAUCGUUGAUUUAAAGCAUCUAUGUUAA